CUUCGUCAUCGCCCGCCGUCCGACAUUGUCAUCGCCGGUGCGGUGGUUCUCCAAGCGCGCCGCCUCCACCUCCGCCGCCGCCUCCGCCGCCGGUUCCCCGAGAGGCGUAGCGGCGUACGCCGCUUCUGACUCGACGGGGCCAAGGACAUUUCACAUUCGCGAACGUAGACGCGUACAGGUGGAAAACGCUGACGGCUGACAAGCGCGAGAGGAAACGGGGGAACGAGCUCCCAAGAGCUGAGGCUGAGGCCAGAACGGGCGGCUCUCGUCGUCGGCCAUGGCGAGCCUGGCGAGCAGCUCGUCGUCGGCGGGCCUAACCCGGGCUCCCACGAUGCUGGAGCAACUGCUCGAGGAGAUCAACUUCCAGAGAACGAAAGAGCUUAGGCAGAUGCUCAAGGAUGACUCCGGAUUCGUCGUACUGCAAGGCACAACGUACUGGACGGACCUGUUUGUCCGUCACUUCCUCUUUCAAGCGGAGCACACCAUCGACGGCGACGAUCUGCUCUUCUUCGUCCGCAAAAAGCAUGUGAAGACCUCGUCGAGGUAUCUACCUAAGUUCGAGACCGAGGUCGAUGUGUUCCGCAAAGACAGCAAGAAACUGCCGAUCGGCGAUCCCGACAUCGAUUGGGAGGAAACCGUGUACCUGAAUCUCGUCGUGCACCAGUUCGACUACACGCUCACGUUGGCGAUCUGCACAAGAACGAGCCCUAAGGAAUUGCAAGUAUUGCGAAGGCAUUCUCAGAAAGUCUACGCCAGUCCGAGUCGACGGCGUAUGGAUGCCAAGGGUGAUCUCGAGGAAAUGACGUACCCGCAUAUUUGCUUCAUGGUGGACAAUUUCGACGAAGUUUUCUGUGAUAUUUUAGUCAGAGACGGGGAGAUGGUGUGCGUGGAACUGGUCGCCUCCGAUCGGGAGGGUGCGAUCCAGGGCGUCAUUUUUCUUGGCUCGAUCAGAUACGACGCACUGAAAAAGGUUUACGACGCGAGGUCGAGCCUGAGCACCAAAAUGGCACAGCGAAUGACGUUCGGCCUCUUUUCCGGCGCGGCCUCGCAAAGAAUAGAGUUCGUGCGAAUGAAGGGACCACGUGGCAAAGGACACGCGGAGAUGGCCGUCACAAAGCCGAAGGGUUCCGGUGCGGAGACCCCGACGUCGGAGCCUGGUUACUGCGCGACGGAUUUAUGGGACGCCGACUGGGACGACGCCGAGGAGCUCUUCAUGUACCGCCAUCAGCGGAGGCUGUCCGAUCCUAGCGCGAACCUGAACAACUUCGUGCGCGGCGGCUGGAGAACGAAGCCGGACACGGUGGCCACCAAGGCGCGUUCGGAGAACGAGGGUCUCGAUUCCAUGGCGAACGGUCUCAGCGAGAUCGAAGCCGGUGACGUUCGAGAUGCCGAUGUACAGCAGGAUAGCAGCUGGGGCGGCCGGGGCUCACGGGAAACCAGGAGUCCCUGCGCGUUCCGUCGACGAAGAUCGUCUCAUCUGCCGUCGACUCGCCAGCACCCCGUCCACAAGAAGCAACAACAACAACGUAAUGCCCGGGAACGGCCCGGAACGAAUGAGAACUCGCCGAUACUCAAGGAGGCGAUCUAUCGCGAGACACACGGUUUCCACAAUCACCAGCAGAACAAUCAUCAGCAGAACCACCAGCACCAACACAUAGAGGUGGGCAGCGAGAUCUUAGUGCCGGCCGGCCGGUGCCUGACGGACGACUACGUCCGGCAGAAGUUAGACUCGGGCGCGAUAUUGGUGCACGGCAAGGAGGAACUGCCGCUGGGCUACGGCGUGGCGACCGCUACGGAGGACAAUAACCGGAAACGACGUCCGUACAGCGCCGGGCAUCUGUACAAUCAUCAUAACGGUCUGGAGAACGACGAGGAGGAGCGCCGACGGCUCAGCGACGACGAGCUGCUCAGGGUGAGACGGUCCGACGGCCGUCGCCGUCUGCGUAGCGCCGGUUCCGAUCACGAGGACUACACCUACGGGCAGAACAAGAACAAGAACGAUGAGAUCAGAGACAAAAACGCGAACGCCCAUCAUCACGUGACGCACCGCGCGAACGGCGAGGUCGCGUUGUCGCGUCGACAGUGCGCCACGUUGCCCCGAAGACGACGUCGUAGGGCGCUCUCCGGCAGCUUCGCGGGUAACCCCCUGCCCCCUCACCGAGUCACGCCCGACGGCACCGCGAUCUACUACUGGUGCGAGCUCCCGCGCCGCCCCGGCUCACAGGAACUGGAUGAUGGAGCGUACAAUCCGCUUUGGACGAUGCGAGGUUUUACACAAACCUUCCAUUUUUGGAAGGAGACGAAGCGAGCGCAGUCCGUACCUCUGAAUGCUUUUUUGACAUACAUUACUUUACCGUGGUGGAGCAUAGCCAAAGAUAUUCUGGAUCACCGAGAAGGACCUAUCUUAACGUUCUAGCCAACAGUAUAGUACAUUCCAUUUCUAAUUUCAACAAUUUUAUCUUUUUUUUUACUUUGUACGUAUAUCGACGAUUGUGGCCCAAGGAAUAUACUGAUGUAUAGUUUAAGUAAUAAAUUAAAUAUUAUUUACAAA